AUGCGCGUCGCCAUCCAGAUGAUGCGCCAUCCCAAUGCGCUACCUGCCUCCGCUUUGGAAAGCCGGCUAACGACCAUGCAACUGCCUCUUGCGAAUGCCCUGUGCGAGUACAAAGUCCAACUGUGGGAUGCUGUCCACACCGACAUUAAAGGCAUCGCGGCGGUCACUAAUGCGAUUAAUAAGCUAAAUAUGGUUGACAAAGCUACCAUACCAGAUGUGCUGGCGGUUAUAUCUGCCCUUGAGCUCCGCCUGGCUGAGAUGGAGCACCAAGAGACGGCUCACUGCUACACUGAGGGUGACUACGACAACCUCCCAGCAGCUGCGACCACUGAGCUGCCAGUAGUUGCUGGAGAGCUUGGGUUGGACUUCGUGUUGAUCCAGGAACAACACUGCUACAACAGCGGAAGACGUGCUUGGCACCUGCGUAAGGAGAGACGAAGUUAUGAAGUGUGGACCUCGGAACUGGAAGUAUUGCGAAGAUCCUCGAAAGAGUCG